AGGCGGCGUUAUGGAGAAACGAGGCGACGAACGUAAAAUUUCCGAUCUACACGGACGGGCCAUCCGUGACGUCACGUACAGGUAAACUAGCGGUGCGAAGGAGAGUGAGGAGGCCCAGUCCAAUCGGGUCGCCGCAGCGGCUGCGCGGCGCUGCGGUCGGCCCAAAAGUGAGCAUCCGGGCUCUUCGGCGAGCGUCAUUCCAUCGAUCGAGCCCGCGCUGUGAACAUGGCCGGCAAGGAAGGUGACUACUACAAGAAGGGGGAAACCAAGGAAGGGGGUUUCCUCAAGUUCCUCUACAACCCGGACACGAAAGAAGUGUUCGGACGAACGGGCCUCAGCUGGUUCAAGAUCACAGUUUUCUACAUCAUCUUCUAUGCAUGCCUUACUGCAUUCUGGACCAUUAUGCUGAUUGUGUUCUAUCAGACCCUGGACACGAUCAAGCCCAAAUGGGUCCUCGAUCGCAGCACCAUCGGAACCGUGCCAGGAAUGGGCUUCCGUCCAAAUCCGCCGGAGCAGACGGUGGACAGCACCCUCAUCUACUUCAAGUCCGGCAGCCAGGGCACCUGGAAGUACUGGGUUGACGACAUCAACGAGUACCUCAAGGACUACCAGCGUCAGGAGGGUGAUGGAGAGCACCUGCGCAACUGCGACUUCACCCAGCAGCGCGACCCUAACGAGAACAAGGCCUGCCGCUUUGCCAUCGAGAAUAUCAACAACAACUGUUCGGCGUCCAACAACUUCGGCUACGAGUACGGUCAACCCUGUAUCCUGCUCAAGUUGAAUAGGAUCUUCGACUGGGUGCCAGAGCCGUUUGAGAACAACUCCUUCCCUUCCAAGUUGCCAAAGUACAUCCAGGACAGCUACGACCCCCGCUAUGUUUACAUCACCUGUGAGGGAGAGAAUGUCGCUGACGAGGAAAACAUGGGACCGCUGGCGUACUACCCGAGCAAUGGCAUAGAGAACUACUACUUCCCGUACAGGAACACACCGGGCUACGUGUCACCUUUCAUCUUUGUCCAGUUUUGGCAUGCCGAGCGGGGCGUGCUCAUCAACAUGGAGUGCAAGGCCUGGGCCAAGAACAUCCACCACGACCGGCAAGAUCGCGUUGGCAGCGUCCACUUCGAGCUCAUGAUUGACUGAGUCCAUCGCCACCCACCCACCCCAUCCCUCCCUUGAUGGGUAGCGCGCGCCUUUCGUAACGUGAAAGGAUGCGCCUACCCUCACUUUUCUUUGUUGUCUUCAUUUUUUAUUUUAUUUUUUUUCCGGCCACUCUACAUUUAUCGAGACUUGCCCACCAACUCGGCUGUGUGCCGGCGGUCUUUCGUGUCGACGGCGGGAAAGUUGGGAACGCAUUUUUGUUCCGUUUUCUCUGCCCCGACUUCAUUGUCUUUUUUUUUUUUUUAUCUUUUUCAUAGGAGACAGGAACCUAGUCUGCGGUCUCUUUGUUCUUCUUGGUCCUUUCGAACGUUUCUACAUUGUUGCAGAUGUCUGGUCAAAAGUGCCGUCGCCUCAGAGACGACGGUUGGAAGGGACAGCUACUGAAAGAAAAAAACAAAACUGCCUCGUCACGUGCAAAAAGGUGGCUGCUAAGAAGGACAUUCCAAAGUAGCGGCUUCCUUCGCUUUUUUUUUUUCGUCGUCGCUAGUUAGAUUUUUACGUAGGUUGUUGGGUUUGGGGGUCGUCAGCUUCCACUCUACAUUGCCUUCUUAGUUUUUUUUUAGUUCUUUUAGAGGUUUAGAUGUACAGUGGGAGGUGUUCCUUCAGAAUGUCCGGCGGUACGCUUUGUUUCCAUUGUUUUGCCUCCCAGAAGCGGCCCCCCCGAGCCGGGGUUUCGAUCCUGCCCUCCCACCCCAUGUAUUGUUACCACCCCCAUCUCAACGGUUGGGGGGGCGGGGGCCUUUAAAGAGUUACACCCCUGGCACGCCGUUAGUUUAGCUUCACCGCUUCACCGAAAUAGCUGGCGUCUGGGCCCCUGGUUUGCCGGCCCUUAGGCGAGAUCUCGAGCAACCCUGGAUAUUCGUACGCUCUGAAGCGUCUCUCCCGCCCUUUGGAAACUCUUCGUUUCUCUCUGCACCGGUGAAAGAUCUUUGCUUUUCUUUUUUUUUUUUUAGGGGGGGCAGGUUAAUAUUGAGCGAAGCAAAAAAGUUACCCCUCUAGCGCGUGAUAGCUGUGCUAGUGCUCAGAGCCGGCCUCUCGGUUUUUGAAACUGCAUUUUUCUCGUCCGGCUCUGCCGCGUUCGGAAAUCGCGACGCCGCUCUUUUAGUGCUUUUUAAGUCACCGCCGGUGCAACUCCGCUUGGAGCGCACGUCCUCGUUGGCCGCACAACAACAGACGUUUGCGUAGGCGCCGCAGUUCCGUCUCCUUUGGCAUAGAAUUGUGGCACUCGGGGCAGGAAGGGGGGGCAGUGUUGUUUCUCACAAAAGAUUGCAGCGCUCGUGCUUUGUCCCACCAACAAGGAGGCGAGCGUCUGGCUCUCGCGCAGCCGGCCUGUGUCCUCAUAGGAACGUGCCGACAACACACUGGCGAGGGAUUACCUUGUACGUAUGUUACAAAGCUUGGAGGAGUAAAAGUUGCUGACACAAUUGC